AUGGAGAUUGUGCUCAGUGUUGCUCUGGCUCUGGUUGAGGUUUGCUGUUUUGGCACCGUGAGCGGAGCAGGGAAAACAGGCCUGAUCGAGACGGACUCGUCGGGCAUCUCUUUUGAGUGUGUUUUUCUCUGUUCUCCGGCAGAUGUUGACGAGUGCCAGGUCCAUAACGGGGGCUGCCAGCACAGAUGUGUCAACACCAGAGGCUCCUAUCACUGCGAGUGCAACCCGGGGUUCCGACAUCACGUGGACGGACGCACCUGCAUCGCUGUAAACUCCUGCAGCCUGAGCAAUGGAGGAUGUGAGCACUUCUGCGUCCAGCAGUCUGCCGCCCACUUCCAGUGCCGCUGCCGACCCCACUACCAGCUCACCGACGACGGGAAGCACUGCAGAUUGACGAACCCGUGUAUGGAGAAGAAUGGAGGCUGCAUGCACGACUGCCACAGCGAUGGCGGGAGGGCGCACUGUGACUGCCGGACUGGAUACAAGCUGGCAGAGGAUGGCAAGACAUGCCGAGACAUUGACGAGUGCCAAACGACAGAGGUGGCGUGUGCCCACGGCUGCCAUAACACACCGGGCUCCUACGUGUGUGUGUGCAGCGCCGCCUACGAGCUGGGCACAGAUGGCAAACAGUGCUACCGGAUUGAGAUGGAGAUAGUCAACAGUUGUGAAACCAAUAAUGGCGGAUGCUCUCAUACCUGUCAACACUCCAGCAGUGGACCUGUUUGUUCCUGUAACCAAGGUUACCGGCUAGAUGAGGACUUCAAGACCUGUAUUGACAUUGAUGAGUGCAGGAACGGCAGCUCAUGCUGUGUGCAGGACUGUACCAACUACCCCGGGGGUUAUGAGUGCUACUGCUCGGCAGGCUACCGCCUCAACGCGGACGGCUGCAGCUGUGAUGAUGUAGAUGAGUGUCUGGCGGAGAACGGAGGAUGUGAUCACACGUGUCAGAACACUGAUGGGUCCUUCCAGUGCCUCUGUCGCCGUGGACACCACCUGGACGAGGACCGCCGCUCCUGCCUCUUGUUAGGAAACACAGUGGAGGCCCUGAGUGGGGGUCCAAUAGUGGAGAGGCCCCAGCCACAACUCACACUCCUCCAUGAUUACGCCCAAUCACUGGAACCGCUGGAACGCUAUGACGACUAUGAGGAUGACGACGCUGGUGAACUGCGCGCUGAGAGCACGCUCAAGGAGAAAUAUGUGUGUCUGAAUAACACGUUCGGCUGGGACUGCAGUGUGACGUGUGAUGACUGCUCUAAUGGAGGAGUGUGUAACUCUCACAAGAGUGGCUGCCUCUGCCCCAACGGAUGGACGGGCAUCCUCUGCAAUCAGACCUGUGCAGAGGGCAUGUUUGGCAAGAACUGCUCCCACAGCUGUGUGUGUAAGAACGGAGCCAGCUGUGACCCGGUGAGCGGGCAGUGCCGGUGCCCGCCUGGUGUCAGCGGGGAGCUGUGUGAGGACGGCUGCCCUAAGGGCCUCUAUGGAAAGAGCUGUAAUAAGAAGUGUAACUGUGCCAACAACGGGCGGUGCCACCGUACCUACGGAGCGUGUCUGUGUGACCCGGGCCUCUACGGGCGCUUCUGCCACCUGCCCUGUCCUAAGUGGGCGUUUGGUCCGGGCUGUUCGGAGGAGUGUAAGUGUGUUCAGGAGAACACUCUGGAAUGCCAUCGUCGCCUUGGCACCUGCUCUUGUAAACCUGGUUACCAAGGAGACACCUGCAAGGAAGAGUGUGACCCAGGCUUGUAUGGAGCUGGCUGCCAGGCCAAGUGUGAGUGCCCGCCUGGCGUGAGCUGUCAUCAUGUGACCGGCGCGUGCCAGCGGCAGUGCCCUGCCGGGAAGAGGGGUGACGACUGUGAUCAGGACUGCCCCGAGGGGAAGCACGGGCUGGGCUGCUCUAAGGCCUGUGACUGCACCGGCUCUCCCUGUGACAAGGUGACGGGCCAGUGCCUCUGUGUGGACGGGACCGUGGGAAGGCGCUGUGAGAAGGUGUGUGAGGAUGUCCGCUGGGGCCCGGGCUGUAAGGAGAAGUGUCCCCUGUGUGAGAACAAAGGCGUGUGUGACAGACAGAAUGGCACCUGCCUCUGCCCCUCCGGGUACAUGGGGAGACUCUGCCAGAACGUGUGUCCUGCUGGUCGCUUUGGGCAGGGAUGCCAGCAGCGAUGUGUGUGUGAGAAUAACGGACGAUGCCACCCUGUGACUGGACGCUGCCACUGUGCACCUGGAUGGACUGGGCACAGCUGCAGGAAAGUGUGUGAGUCUGGCCAGUGGGGGGCAGACUGCGCUGAGUCCUGUGACUGCAGGAAUGGGGACGGGAGCUGUGAUGCGGUGUCAGGUCUGUGUCACUGUGAGGCUGGCUUCACCGGACCGCGCUGUGACCAGAAAUGCCCUGCGGGUUCUUUCGGACCACGCUGUCGCCAGCGGUGUCAGUGUGACAACAGGGCGUCAUGUGACCAUGUCAGUGGGGCGUGCACCUGCAAAGUGGGCUGGACCGGAACCUACUGUGAGAAAGCAUGCCCUCAGGGCUUCUUUGGUCUGGACUGUCAGCGGAAGUGUGUGUGUCUGAACGGAGGCAGCUGCAACCACACCACUGGAGAAUGUGUGUGUCCAGCGGGUUGGCUCAGACCUCAAUGCAACCAGACGUGCCCUGCUGGUUUCUAUGGUGAUGGCUGUACCCAGAAGUGUCUGUGCCAGAACAAUGCCACAUGCAAUGCUGCGAGCGGGCAAUGUGUGUGUGCGGCCGGCUGGAAAGGAGUGCAGUGUUCAGAGGUGUGUACGGUGGAGUUCUAUGGAGUGGACUGCCUGCAGCACUGUCUCUGUCAGAACAGGGGUACCUGUGACCCGAGCAGCGGCCGAUGCACCUGCCUCAAAGGCUGGACGGGCACCGCCUGUGAGCUGGCAUGUGUGCCUGGUAGGUUCGGAGCAGACUGCGAGCAGGAGUGUGAGUGUGAGAACGGCGGGCAGUGUGACAGACAGACGGGCCGGUGUGUGUGCCACCCAGGAUGGGUAGGAGAGCACUGUGAGACAGCAUGUCUUCCGGGCUCGUACGGUGAGGGGUGUUUCCACAGGUGCUCCUGUUCUCCAGGCUCCUCCUGCCACCACAUCACUGGGGCCUGUGGCUGCACACCUGGACUCACUGGCAACGGCUGUGAGCAGACUUGCCUCCCAGGCACCUUCGGCCUGAACUGUAACCAGGUGUGCCUGUGUUCUGAGACUAACCAGCUCUGCCACCCGGUGUCAGGAGUGUGCUACUGCGCCCCAGGCUUCAAAGGCCCAAAGUGCAAACAGGCGGAGGUGCCAGUGCAGAAUGGGGGGUGUGCCAGACUAACGGAUGGCACGUGCCACUGCCCGCCUGGGUUUAUCGGAGCCCACUGCAACGUCUCAUGCCCUGUGGGUCGCUACGGGCAGGACUGUGCCAGCGUGGCGCUGUGUGGUGAAGGGGCACAGAAUGAUCCCGUCACUGGCAGAUGUGUGUGCUCACCAGGCCGACAGGGGGAGGACUGUGGACAAG